CUCUUCUCUGUCUCUCCAACAAUCAUGAAGGCUGCCUUUGUUGCCAUUGCUUUCCUCGGCCUCGUCGCCCUCGCCGCUGCCCGCCCCGUCGCCAACACCAACGGCGACUUCUCCAACUGGGCCCUCGACCCUUCGUUCGAGCUCCUCGGCGACGUCUGGUCCAACUGCAGCGCCGCUUCGGACCACCUCCACAUUAUCAACGUCCAGAUCACCCCCGACCCGCCGGUCAAGGGCAAGUCCGUCACCAUUGCUGCUGCCGGCAACCUCGACAAGAACAUCACCUCGGGCUCGAUCAACCUCUCGAUCAAGUUUGGCAUCAUCCCCGUCCUCUCCAAGUCGGUCGAUCUCUGCACUGUUGACCCCACCCACCCCUGCCCCCUCCCCGCUGGCCCCAUCGUCAUCUCCCAGACCGAGGACAUCCCCUCCAGCGUCCCCUCUGGCCACUACACUGGCACCGUCAAGGUCACCGAUCAGGACAACCAGGAGGUUGCCUGCAUUGACCUCGACCUGCACCUCUAAAAAACAAGACCAGCAUGGACGUGCCGUACUGGCGCGUAAAACGCUCAUGGUGAUGGGCCCCCCUUGAUCAUGAAAAUGUUUUGCUCCUUUGCGUUUUUUUGCUGCUCGUUCUCACGCAUGUCGCUGGCUGACAAGUUUGUUCCCAAUGAAAAUGAGAUUUACUUGCAA